AAUAGAAUCACGGUGGACACUCAAAGCAGCCAAUCAGAUUCGACCGAGCGACGAUUUAAACCAAAAAGUGUUCUCUGUGUUAUAUGCUGUGGAAGAAACGCAUUCAUUGAGUCUUGGUUUACAGUGGUGCGAGUUUGAUAUGGCUCUUCGUGUAACUCGGAGUUCUCAGCUGGCUGUGAACAGAGAAGUGGCCUCUGGAAAACCAGGAUUGGCUGGGAAACAGACCCUGAGGCCUAGGGCAGCGCUCGGGGAUAUCGGAAACAAGACAGUUGCGACCCGGCAGCCUCUGAAGAAGGACGCUAAGCCCGAGGGCAAGGUAGCUCUGAGGAAGCCGAGCAAGUCCGAGAAGCUGCCCGAUGAGCAACCCCUCAAAAAGGAUGUGGUCCUCGUGGCGAAGCCUGUGGAGAUUGUUCCUGAGCCCCAGUCCCCCACACCCAUGGAGACUUCUGGCUGUGCUCCAGAUGACCUGUGCCAAGCCUUCUCGGAUGUCUUGCUGAACAUUAAGGAUGUUGAUGCAGAUGAUUAUGAUAAUCCCAUGCUCUGUAGUGAAUAUGUGAAGGACAUCUACAGCUAUCUUCGUGAGCUUGAGGUUGACCAAGGCAUCAGACCAAAAUAUCUGGAGGGCCAGGAGGUUACUGGGAACAUGCGUGCCAUCCUCAUUGACUGGCUGGUUCAGGUUCAGAUUAAGUUCAGGCUCCUCCAGGAGACCAUGUACCUGACAGUAGCAAUCAUUGACCGCUUCCUCCAGGACCACCCUGUGCCAAAGAAACAGCUGCAGCUUGUCGGCGUGACGGCAAUGUUCAUUGCCUCAAAGUAUGAGGAGAUGUAUCCUCCUGAGAUCGCAGACUUUGCCUUUGUCACUGAUCGUGCAUACACCACUGCUCAGAUCAGAGACAUGGAGAUGAAGAUCCUUAGGGUGCUCAAGUUCGGCUUCGGCAGACCUCUGCCUCUCCAGUUCCUGCGACGGGCCUCCAAGAUUGGGGAGGUGACAGCUGAGCAUCACACCUUGGCAAAGUACUUUGUGGAGCUCACAAUGGUUGACUAUGACAUGGUUCACUUUGCACCCUCUCUGGUUGCUUCUGCUGCUUUUGCGCUGAUGCUGAAGGUUUUCAGUUGUGGUGAAUGGAUGCCCACCCUGCAGCACUACAUGGGUUAUUCUGAAGACUGCCUGGUGCCUGUGAUGCAGCAUAUUGCCAAGAACGUGGUGAAGGUGAACGAGGGACAGACAAAGCACAUGGCAAUUAAAAAUAAGUAUGCCAGUAAGAAGCAGAUGAAUAUCAGUACGAUUCCCCAGCUGAACUCUUCGGUCAUCAAGGACUUGGCCAAACAACUGUCUUAAUGGUUUAUUGAGCACAAUGUGCUAUCUUGUGUACAUAAAGUACAUUUUUUACUUCUCUUAAUAAAGUACUAACAAUUUUA